AACAUACCUUCGCCAUCAAUUCGAAUCGAAGUUAUUUUUGACAUUUUCUUUUGUGCCUCUUGUACAAUUUCGUUUUUUUGCCCGUGCAUCAAAAAAAGAACAUCCAUCGUUUUACUCUUGGCCAUUUGGAGACGAUAGUGAAAUUCUAAGUGAAAAAAAUGUUGAACCGUACCAAUUUGUUGGCUGCUAGCAACCUUUCCAAGGCUUUGGUUAGAUUCCAUAGCCAUGGUGGCAUUCCCGGCGAGAAUUUGCCCUUCAGCUUGAAGAACCGUUAUAGGAUCACUGCUAUUUUCACUACCUUCACCGUUUUGGGCUUCGGUUCUCCCUUCUUGAUUGUCAGACAUCAAUUGCUUAAGAAGUAAAAUGAAAAUGUUAGAUUAAUUCGUCUUGCUUUUAAGUUAUCAAGUUGUCGAUACAUGUGAUGCCAAGAUCUUUGGCGUUUUAAAUUAUAUGUGCGAUGUAUUGUAAGAUAAAAUGUAUUCGCAAAUAUAAAAAAUAACCAAAA